AUGGAUUUCCGCGCCGCCGGCAUGGCGAACUUAAUGUCAUUGCUCUCCUUGCGCAGGUUCCACCCGAAUGAUCAUCAGCUAAUAAGCCAUUUCUUGAGCCCCAAAGCCAUGGGCCUGUCGUUGCCUUACAACAGAAUCCAGACGGCCGCCAUUGACAAAUGGACGAAUCCUGAAGAACUCGCUGAUAAAGUGCCUCUGGGGAGAGAUUUAGAGAGGUAUUUUUUUGCAAGAACAGGGAUUUUAGUUGCAGAUGAUCAUCGAGAUGAUGCAGUUGGUGGAAGGGGAUACUGGAAACCACCGAGUGAAAAUGCGGAGGAAAUUGUUUUUAAUGACGACAAGAUUGGUGAAAAAAGGGAACUAAUCUACUUUGCAGCCGAUGGAUCGGAAACCCAGUGGGUCAUGUAUGAGUAUAGGGCGUUCUUGACUGAUGAACCUCUUUCUCCUUCCGCUGAACCGGACAACGUUGAGAAAUGGGUGGUGUAUAAGCUGAUAAACAAAGGGGACGUUGAUGUCUAUGAUACAGAGGAGGCAGCGGCGGGAGGAAGGCAACGAAACUCAAACAUAGCUCCCGAGAGGGUUCUGGAUGAAUAUGAUGAUGUUCUUCGCACAGCAGCAGCAGAAGCAGCCGCCGCCACAGCUCUUUUCUUUUCUAAUAAGCUAGAUAGUAAGGAAGAGGAUAAGCCGCCGGCGUCAUUGACGGACCCAUUGGAAGAUCUCCCAGACACUAAGCGAAGAAAGGGAAACACAUCUGGUGUGGUCGUCGCAGAUAAUUCUGAUUGUGAUGAUGAGAAUAAAAAGAAUUAA